AUGCGCUGGCGCGUCAACCCCUAUUUUCUACACCGAAAUUUGAAAUAUGUUCAUAUGGCUAGAAAAAACUCAUCAAAAAAACGACCAUUUUUGAAUUUGAAUGAAUUAAUUGAUCAUUUGUCAACUAGGAAUCAGUCACUACCAACAUCAUCAUCAUCAUUAUCAAAUAAAUCAUUCAAUUUACAUUUACAUUCAUGGGCAUACGAUGAAGAUUCUUUGCUUUAUUCAAGUGCUAAACGUGAUGUCUCAUUCGAAUUAUUAGCUACAUGUGAUGAAAAUCAUCCACAACAGCCGAUUUCUUCUUUCGGUCAUUGUCCAUCUGUCACAACAUUGUCAUUACUUAAAAAAGGAUCAAAAAUAAUCAGUGUUGGUAAAAUUAAAUCAAUUAAUACAAAUCGUUUAAAUCAAAAUAAAAAAUCUAUUGAAGAACCAACAAUCUCAAUUAAUAUUUCGUCUAAAUGCAAAUAUAACUUUAUAUUCUCAAGUACUGUUGUCGGAUAUGAUAAUGGUGAAUAUAUAUCAACUUCGUACGAAAAAUUCGUUCAAUUAGAUUCCUUAUUAAAUUCAGAUUUAUUAUUGAAUUCAGAUUCAUCGAGCAAAAUACCGCAUAAAAUUGAAAUAUCAUUACCAAAUACUGAGAAUGAUAUAUCAGAACCAUCAUCGUUAAAACUCUAUUUUAAAAUUAAUUAUGAGUUUGUUGAAACAAUCGGUCGUUCCCGAUCACGAUUUUCAUCGGCAAGAAGUUUAAUGCCGUCAAUACCAUUACAAGGCUAUAGUGAAUCAAAAUUGAGACCAAAACGUUGUACAACACAAAAUAGUAAACAACCAAAGAAAAAAAAUAAAAACAUUCAAAAGAAAGAAACAACAAAACUAGUAUUACUAUCAUCUUUGAUGAAAAUGACAACAACAAUAACAUCGAAUGAAAACAAUGAUGAACAAUUAUUUUAUCUUUUUUAUUUUGGUAAACAACUUGUACAACAAAGUUAUGCGGCUAAAUUUGGUCAAUGUUGUUUUUGUCAAUUUUUAACAAUUGAUAAUGAUAUGCACGUGUUAAAACAUCAUUUAUUUUUCUGUCAUCCUAGAUUUUCAGCAACCUUCAAAAACAUGACUGAUGGUCCUACAUUUGAAAUCCGUCUCAAUCGUUCAUAUGAUGGUUCAUUUGACACCUACGAUGGAUAUAAACAUGAUAAUGAUCGACCACAACGACGUCGAUGUUUGACAGAACUUAUUCUGUGGAGACCGGCAUGUAAUCGUCGUUCACUAUUUGCUGAUACUAAUUAUAUUUUUCGUCGUCCGAAUUUAACACGCUGUUAUCGUCAUACAACUGGAGCAUUAAAAGUUGAACCAGAACAUAUUGAAAAUGAUAGUGACGAUGAUUUAUAUCCAGAAUGGACAAAGCAAUUGACUCGACGUUUAAUAGAAGAUUUUCAAGAUGUGAAUGAUGGUGAAAAAGAAAUGAUGAUUAUAUGGAAUAAUCAUAUUAUGAAAUACAAUUUUAUUGCUGAUAGUCAAAUGACACUUGCAUGCGAAUUAUUUGUACGAAAUCAUGGAAAUGAAAUAAUAGAAAAAAAUUUGAUAAAAAAUUUUUAUUUACAUUUAAUAACAUUGCAGUUAUAUAAUUUGUUGAGAAAAUCAGAUGUAGCCAAAUGUAUAGUACGAAUGAAAACAUUUUUAUCUUGUAGCAAGAAGCAUAAAUUAGAUGAGAAUGAUGAGAAGAAUUUAAUUGUUAAAAAACGAAUGAUUACUGCUAGUACAUCUUUGACAACAACUGAUUUGUAA